AUGGACAGGCACCAAUUAUUGGAGCAAAAAAGACAGCGACUUGAAGAGCUACGGAGUCGGAAAAAAGCUGAAAAUGACCACAAGCCUGCGAAAAACGAUUUUGCUAUCCAAAAAGACUGGGAAGUGCCUCCAGUGGUCACUUUAAAGGAGCGUAUAACCAUCGAUAAGGCUGUACAAAUCGGACCAGAAAAUGAAAAGAAAGAAGAAAGUGAGAAAAAAGAUGAAGAACAAGGUGAAGAGAUAAAACUGGACGUUUCUGGGAACAUUAAUGUUGGACCUUCUCCCCUCCAUGACUGGACCAUAAUCAAUGCCACACUCCGAGACGCCAUUCGUGAUCUUGGCAAACUAUCCAUCCCCCAGCCUCCUCGAGACUACAUCAGUACUCCAAAAACAAUGUCAACUCCUACAAAUAAACUUCAAAAAUUGUCAACUUCUUUUCAUGGAACCCCAACUGCGAUGGCUAAAUCCUCCAUAAAUGGCCUUCUAGCUGUUGCUUACUCUUGCAAGGCAGUCGUUUACAGCAUAGAGCCUCAAUUGUUUCCUGAGUAUUACUUGGAAAGCGUGUCGCCAAUAACCGCUAUACUAUUUGAUUCUGAAUCUCCGUCUCGAAUAAUAGGUGGUUUGAAAUCCGGUUCUGUCGUUGUAUGGGAUUUGAAUAACCAAAUAUCAAAAACGGUGUCAUAUCUACCAUCUAUACGAUCUCCAAUGUUCCCAAUUGCUCCCAGCAUCAAACAUAAGCAUACUUUUUUGCAUCACAAGUCAGCUAUAUGCGGUCUCGUUCACCGCCAUGGCUCUGAAUUUGCCUCGAUUUCUCACGACGGGGUGGUCAAUGCAUGGUCGAGUCAUAUAUUGGCGGCUCCACACCGAGAUUCAAUUCAACUAAAUAACCCUGUUCAAAAAGUGUUUCCUCGAAAUGGCCUAAAAUCGUCUGAUGCUUUCAUCAACGACUGGGUGAUUUUACAUGAAAAUGGAACUGUAAUUCUCAACGAUACCAAGUUCCAAGACUCCAGCUCGUGUCGAAUGACUGACGCUUUCAUUUCCAAUAACUUAUUUAUCGCAUCUGGUCUCGAUUGGACCAUCCAUAUAUGGCAUUUAAACCUGGGAAAAAUCUUCAAGGUGGUCAAUUCAGAUAUUUUAAUCUACUCCAUGAGUCAGAGACCGGAAUACCAGCACCAAUUCAUAGCCAUUGGAGUUUCAAUUACAGGUGAGAUUAUUCUUCAACUAUGGGACCUAGACGAGUCCAAACCAAUACUUCAAAUGUUGGUCGAUAAAGACGAAGAUUUGCCCCGGUUACCCACUUUUCAAACGUCAGAAUUGCAGGUUCUCUUCAUGACCGAAAAGGAUAUAGUUGUGGGAAGUAAGAACUUGUGUCUAUGGCGUUUAUAUAAUGUCUAA